ACAAGAAGAUGUGUUUUGAAAAUAUUGGAGGUUUCCCAGACCUCAAUUCACGAUACAAUGCCAGAAAAAAUUCACAGGACAAACUUUGUAUAGAGUAAAAUCGAACACUUUCCAUAUAAUUUAAAUGUCUGGUUAUGUUAUAAUUAGUUGAUGAGUUUUAAUAUAAUAUUGCAAAAACAGAAACAAUUGAUUCUGGCUUCACGUAGAAAUCAUUUGCUCCUAUUUAUUGCUUUUAAGAUAACAGACUUCAGAAAAGGAUUAACCUGCAAUGCUCUCAGUUUAAACUUUAAAGGAUAGGAUUUAGGACACUGAAGCAAAAUAAAUAACGAGUUUGAGGAGUGACAUAUUCACAAAGUAGUAGCUCUUCCUCUACAAUAAUUUAUUAACAGACAAUUGAAAUAUGGCAUUUUUCAAAAAUUUUCAACAAAAUCUCAGCCUUCCUUCUAUAUCUUCUCUAGUUGACACAUUCAGUAAUGCUGUAGAUGAUUUAACCAGUGCUGUUGGAGAUGUCAGCUAUACAGUAGCUGACUCAGUUACAGAGCAGGUAACAAGCAUGAUCAACAGCCUUCGGACAGAUGAUAUUGCUACCCCACAAGAAGAUAAAUCUGUAGCAGAUAAAGAGGAAAAUAUAAUACCAUUAAAUCAUGAUAAAGAAAAGUAUAUGAGAGGGAAAGGGUGUAAUGCAGAAGAGAAAUACAGACAAAUUGAUUCUUUAAAUCAAAGUACAAAUGAUGAUAGAGAAUUCCAUCAUAAUAAAGACAAAAUGCAAAAUCACCUAAAUGAUAUUGAACCUAAUGAACUUCUUAAUGCAGAAGUUUGCAAGGCAGUGAAUAGUUCAAUAAAGCAUGCAAAACACAAAAGUCAAACAGGAAAUGAAUACUUGGAAAAUGUUAUGUUUUCAAAAGAUAUUAGUCAGAACUGCAAUACAUAUAGACCAGAGGAAUCCCUUAAUAAAGGACUAAAUAAAGAAUCGCAUGCAGUGUUAGAACAAUCUAAGGGCCAGGUGCAUAAAAAAAUGAAACAAAGAUCACCAGGAGCUGACUUCCAAAACAGCAAAGAAGGGAACAGUGCAUCCAGGAAUUCUGAAAAAAAUGAAGAGCAAACAUCAACAUUGCAAGAGCUAAAAUCUAAAAAAGCACAUGGGGUUAAUGAUGUAAAAGAAAAGAAAUGCAAAACAUUUUCUGAUGGCCACAGACAGUCUGUAACAAAGCAGGAAGAAAAUGCACCAUCUAUUAUUUCAAAAGAAGUGAGUAGUAAGAAGACACCAGAGAAAGAUAACUCAUACAUCAAUAAAGAUCAGCAUGGUUCAUCAUCUGAAAGCGAAGAUGAGGGGCUGGGUAAAUACCAUGAAGCCUUGUCCAGAACACAAAGUUCAAGGCCACCAGCAAGCGAUAACAGACAACAGAAAAACUAUAUUUGGGAAACCAGACAAAAAUAUAGCCCCUUGUCUGCAGAGUAUGAUGGAUACAGUAGUGAAGCCUCAGUAGAUGAAGGGCCUAAUCCCCAGCCCACUGAAAUUGCAAACUGCAUUCAGAGAAUGAGACAAACACCUCCUCUUGACGAAUUGCAGCCCCCACCAUACCAAGAUGAUAGUGGCUCUCCACAUCUCUCAUGCACACCCUCUGAAGUUGGUGACAGCAAAUGUGAAUUCUCUCAGUGUAGCAACAGUCCAAGAUGUUCAUAUAAAUGCCCAAGUGAAGGGAGUAUUGGGCAUGAGAUGGAGAGUUUCCAUAACAAAGGAUAUGAAGAAGAUGUACCCAGUGAUAGUACUGCUGUCCUUAGCCCAGAGAAUCUGUCAGCUCGAGGAUCAUCAUCACAGCUCCCCAAAUCUUUUGAUCCUGAACCAGAAGCUAAGUAUGGCACCCUGGAUGUGACUUUUGACUAUGACUCGCAGGAACAGACGCUUCUGAUAACAGUGACAGCUGUCACAGACAUUCCAAAUUAUAAUAGGACAAGUGGAAGUUUAUGGCAAGUACACCUGGUUCUUCUUCCUAUGAAGAAACAGAGAGCAAAAACCAGCAUCCAGAGGGGUCCAUGCCCUGUCUUCACUGAGACAUUUAAAUUCAGUCAUAUUGAGACUGAGAUGAUUGGGAAUUAUGCAGUACGCUUUAGACUGUACAGUAUACGCCGUGUCAAAAGAGAGAGAAUUUUGGGAGAAAAGAUAUUUUACUUAACCAAAUUAAAUCUUCAAGGGAAGAUGUCCGUACCGGUGACAUUGGAGCCAGCAUAUGCUAUUUCCGGCUGUGACUCCCAAAUGAGCAUGUCAGAAAUGUCCUGCAGUGAAAGUACCUCCUCUUGUCAGUCUCUGGCACACGGCUCAGCUCCAGAAAUCCUCAUUGGACUGCUUUAUAAUGCCACAACUGGAAGACUAGCAGCAGAAGUGAUAAAAGGCAGCCACUUCAAAAACUUGGCAGCAAACAGACCACCCAAUACAUUUGUUAAGCUGACAUUGCUGAAUUCCAUGGGUCAAGAGAUGUCCAAGUGCAAGACAUCCAUCCGAAGAGGGCAACCGAAUCCAGUGUACAAAGAGACCUUUAUUUUUCAAGUGGCGCUAUUUCAGCUUUCUGACGUUACACUCAUAUUGUCUGUCUAUAAUAAACGCAGCAUGAAACGAAAGGAAAUGAUAGGCUGGAUUUCUUUAGGUUUGAACAGUUCUGGAGAAGAGGAACUAAAUCAUUGGACUGAGAUGAAGGAAUCAAAAGGGCAACAAGUAUGUAGAUGGCACUCAUUGUUAGAAUCUUAAUAGGUAGCUGCGGCUCCACAGGAUUCUACAAAGCUGUUCUUUAGGUGCAACUAAGGGAAGGUGUUGCAGAAAUUACAAAUUCAACAUUCCACUUUUAACAGAUGCACAAUAUGCCAUGAAGAAGAAUUUACUUUCAUAUCUUCAUUCAACAUUACUGUUUUCAGGUAAAAUGUAUUGGGCACAGAAGAAACAGCAACCGCAAGUCUUUAUUUUGACACUUACUGGAUUGUUUUGGGGCACAUUUAGGUUUUCAGUUUAAUUAAUAGGUAUUUUGUGUAAAUCAUCUACUAUUGCAAAAUUCUCUGAUUGUGUUUCUGUUUUUUAGAGCUGCUAUGCUGUGUUGUAUACAACUUAUCAAUAAGCAAAUUUAGAGAGAAGAAUCGUUAAAUGGUGGGACUCAAAAUGGCAAUGGGAGAGAAAAUUUAGAAUUUUGGCAUACACUAGUUAGAACAUUACUCCCCCCCACACACUUAGGAACUUAACAUUUCCUUAACAAAGUUUGAUUUUGAAGAACAAUAUGAAAUCAGCCCUGUAUGUUGAGUGCUUAUCAGAUGCACAAACAGCUCCUCUGUGCCUGCUUUAGUCUGGAAAGUAUAAUUCCCCUCUCUCCCAGAGCAGAAAUCAUUAGAAAGAGGAAUCACUGCUCAUGGUGUGUGUAUACUCAUCAUGAUUCAUCCCUGUUAAAGAGCUUUUUGUGUGGCUUCAAAGGCUUGCAGACUUAUUUGACCAGAGGUAACAACAGUAACACAAAAUAAAAAUGUGUGUGUACACGAUGGAAAGUGAAGUCUCUCUCAAACUUCUUAAGCUAUUGUGAGAGUGCCUCCAAUUUGCCAUGCAGAAUCCAUUUAUGUAUGGCUUCCUUGGAUCUCAGUCAAAUCAGGUCCCAGUUUUGGCAUUGAUCAAAUUAUCUUUGCGUUUGCUGCAAGAAUAAUCUCCACUUUAUGUUGUGCAGUGAUCAUUUUUCAUUGUACUGGUCGCUUAUAGGCCUAUUUAGACAGGUUGAAAACACAGAUUCCAAAGAUCUGCACAACUAAUUCCAUAUGCCUAAGGGGGCUUCAGACAUGUGUUUCUCAGAAAGCAGUCCUCCAUGCUUUGAAACUGAGAGGAGUUCUUAAUGCAGUUUCAUUUGGAAUGGGGCUGUCUGCUGUUUAAAGUGAAAAAAAAAAAUUACUGCAUGCACACAAGCACCUGGAUACAACUAAAGCCGCCUUAUUUUCCUCAGUAUAAGAGGCUUGUAGAUCAUGGCUGAAACCCUGCAUGCAGUUUCUGGCAAGUGUCACGGAUACUAGUGGUAUUUUUGUUUAAGUAAUGGAGUGCAGCUAAUAAUGUUACAAAAAUUUCCUUUUGAUUAAACCAUUUGGUCUUUAUAUGUGAAGUGUGCAUUACAAACAUUUAGAAAUUCAAAGGUGGUAUCUGGGAGCUAAACCAUCUGGGGACAAGGAGAAUCUUAGAUAAUGAGGGAAUAAACUGCUAUCAUUUUAUUUAGCAAUGUGUUAAGCAUCCAUGUUACAAUAUAUUUUUUUUUCUUGGAAAGGCAGCGUCAUCAGUUAUGAGAUUUGAAGCGCAAGGGAAGUUUUACAAGAGUCUGCUAGUUUAAGAGUUCUUGCAAUAAAUUAUUUCACCACUUUCUGUUUCAACCACUGGUAAAUUUCAGGGAUUCUGUGUGACACUGAAGUCUCAAGAUAGUGGCACUUUUUGCUUUCCUUGAGGGUAAGGUUGGCAUCAUGAUUUUAAAAAUGCUACAGUUUAAAUCAACACAUACA